AUGCAAAAAAGCUUCGUCUUUGCAUCCCUUUCGCUCGCUAUCACUCUUCCUCUCUUGAUCGGUCCUUAUGCGUUCGUGAAUCGAGAAAUCCUGCACUGGACUGAAAGAGGGGAACAAAGUGACGUCGCCUCAAUCGCGGUUCUAGUAGUCGGUAGAGAGAGUAGAGAAGAGGUUCUCAUAACUUCUGCGAAAUCGCUUACUCAACACGUGACGAAUCCGUUGAAAAAUAAGUAUAAACGCGUCGUCACAAUGUACUGUCUACAAAGUAUUGCUCCAAGCACGAUACCACACCUGCUUAACUUUGGCCCUGGUAUUACAAGUACUACCGGUAGUAGUGAAAACAAUAUACUAACAUUCAAUGCCACGGGGCAAUUCGAACGCCUUGAGUUAUGUUUCAACAUGCUUGAUGAGCGUCAUGGUAACUUCACUUUCUACUUCAAAACCCGACCUGAUAUCAUUUGGUUGGAAGAUUUGAAACUUUCAUUUCGUGCUGAGGCUAUCAUGUUGCGGGCGCGACGUAUCAGCCAAGGAAGAAUAACGAUGCAGCAUCGUAGUUGGCCCGGUGGCUGUGACUGUGAGCAAUCUGGUUGUGUUAUGGUGGAUUCUAUGGUUGCAAUAGUGCCGUACAUAUGGAGAUGGGCAUACUUUAGCACCUCCACGGAGAUAGAGUCGGUCAUGGCUAAGAACUCGAGUGAAUCAAAAGUGGAUGAAGACGAGGGUAGACUUUUCCAUCUGACUAAGGACUGGGAAACAAAGUGCCCUUGUGCUAAAUUUUGGGCUGAGGGACGUCUAACGCUUCGCCUUGCCUCUCACGAGGUAACCGUCCUUGUAGAGGCUUUCAAUUUUGUGCUUGCGCCACCAACGAAAGAUGGGUCACCUUGGAGACAGGGUGCAUGGGGCACUCGUGUACAUGAUGGUAAUAAUUGGUUUACGUGUGAAUGA